CCUCGAAAAAGCUCUGCCUCCGAAUCAUCCCGAUUUGGCUACUUCCUACAAUAAUAUCGGUCAUGUGUAUAACAACAUGGGUGACUACUCAAAAGCACUUGAAUUUUAUGAAAGAUCACAUAAAAUCUACGAAAAAGCUCUGCCUCCGAAUCAUCCUCAUUUGGCUAGUUCCUACAGCAGCAUUGGUGGAGUGUAUAACGACAUGGGUGAUUACUCGAAAGCACUUGAAUUUUACGAAAAAUCACUUCAAAUAAGAAAAAAAGCUCUGGCUCCGAAUCAUCCCGAUUUGGCUAGUUCUUACAACAACAUCGGUCUAGUGUAUAACAAAAUAGGUGACUACUUGAAAGCAGUUCAAUUCUACGAAAAAUCACAUCAAAUAAAAGAAAAAGCUCUGCCUCCGAAUCAUCCCUCAUUGGGUAUUUCCUACAACAACAUCGGCUCGGUGUAUCAUGACCUAGGUAACUACGCAGCAGCUCUUAGGGCCCUUCAAAGUGCUUUUCAAAUUCAACAACAAGCAUUUCAAGUAAGUAAUCCUGCUUUUGCUUCAACAUAUAGUUGGCUGGGAAGAGUUUAUCGCAGUUUGAAAGAUUAUUCAAAAGCACUUGAUAAUUUCGAAAAAUGUCUCGCAAUAGUUCAAAAAACGUUACCUGAAAGACAUCCCAAUCGAGCUAUUACAUAUAGUAAUAUAGGUGAUGUUCAUCGAUUAAUGGAUAAUUAUGAAAAGGCACUUGUAUUUCAUCAAAAAGCAUUAAAUAUUCAAGAAAAUGUUCAAUGUGAUCCUACGGACUGUGCAACGACAUAUAUGAAUUUAGGUGAAACUUAUCGUGAAAUGAAAGAUUAUUCAACAGCAUUGACAUUUUAUCAAAAAGGAUUAGAAAUACAUGAAAAUAAAUUAUCACAAAAUCAUCCUGAUUUAGCUGUUGUAUAUCAUAAUAUGGCAAAAUUAUAUUUGGCUACACGAAAAUAUAGUAUGGCAAUGAAAAAUAUUCAACAAGCAGUUGAAAUAGCUCAAGAAAAACUACCUUCAACUCAUCCUCAUCUUUUGGAAUAUAAAGAAACAUUUGAAAAAAUUCGAAAGAAAAUGUAA